UUGAACGUGCGGCUACCGCGGCUGGGAGUCGGAACUGGCAGGGCAGCGCGCUAGAAGACUUAGCAGUCUUCUCUAUUUUUUUUCUAUAUUCCAUUUCUGUAGGUAUAUACAGAGAUACAGCUGUAGUUCUAGAAUUAUAUCCGGUGUCUGAAGUUAAUUCACUAAGAUGAUGUUAAGAGGAAACCUGAAGCAAGUACGCAUUGAGAAAAACCCGGCCCGCCUUCGAGCACUUGAGUCCGCGGCAGGCGAAAGCGAGCCGGCGGCCGCCAUGGCCCUCGCGCUGGCAGGGGAGCCGGCGCCACCUGCCUCCGUGCCCCCAGAGGACCACCCCGAUGAAGAGAUGGGAUUCACCAUCGACAUCAAGAGCUUCCUCAAGCCAGGCGAAAAGACGUACACGCAACGCUGCCGACUGUUCGUGGGGAACCUGCCCACAGACAUCACGGAGGAGGACUUCAAGAGGCUCUUCGAGCGCUACGGGGAGCCCAGCGAGGUCUUUAUCAAUCGAGACCGUGGCUUUGGCUUCAUCCGUUUGGAAUCCAGAACACUGGCUGAAAUUGCAAAAGCAGAGCUGGAUGGCACCAUUUUGAAGAGCAGACCUCUCCGAAUUCGUUUUGCUACACAUGGAGCCGCCCUAACUGUCAAGAACCUUUCGCCGGUUGUUUCCAAUGAGCUGCUAGAGCAAGCAUUUUCCCAGUUUGGUCCUGUAGAGAAAGCCGUUGUGGUUGUGGAUGAUCGUGGUAGAGCUACAGGAAAAGGUUUUGUAGAAUUUGCAGCAAAACCUCCUGCACGAAAGGCUCUGGAAAGAUGUGGUGAUGGGGCGUUCUUGCUAACAACAAAUUUUUAUUUAAAAAACUUCAGACAUGAGGAAGAGCAUCGCCGCCGUGAGGAAGAAAUGAUCCGACACAGAGAACAGGAGGAACUGAGGCGACAACAGGAGGGCUUUAAGCCAAACUAUAUGGAAAAUAGAGAACAGGAAAUGAGAAUGGGUGAUAUGGGUCCCCGUGGAGCAAUAAACAUGGGAGAUGCAUUUAGCCCAGCACCUGCUGGUAACCAAGGUCCUCCUCCAAUGAUGGGUAUGAAUAUGAACAACAGAGGAACUAUACCUGGCCCACCAAUGGGUCCUGGUCCUGCCAUGGGACCAGAAGGAGCUGCAAAUAUGGGAACUCCAAUGAUGCCAGAUAAUGGAGCAGUGCACAAUGAUAGAUUUCCUCAAGGACCAUCAUCUCAGAUGGGAUCACCUAUGGGGAGUAGAACAGGUUCUGAAACCCCUCAAGCACCAAUGAGUGGUGUAGGUCCUGUUAGUGGUGGUCCUGGUGGUUUUGGUAGAGGAAGCCAAGGGGGCAACUUUGAGGGCCCUAAUAAGCGUCGUAGAUAUUAAACAUUCUUUCAUUCCUGGCUACUUAGAGAAAAAAACCUCAGUGGUAUGCCUUUACACUUUUACUUGUUACCUGGAAGAAAUGGUUUUAUUGUUAAUGUAUGUAGACUUUAAAGUUUUUCUUUUGUAAAACUUGAGGUUUUUGUAUUUUUCUUUAUUCAUACGUAAGCUUUGUAGAUUAGAAUGGUAAUGAUGAUGCUCAUCAUUGUGAAUGUAAAAAUGUGUUUGUGACUUUAGCUAUAUAUAAGUAUGCCAUAGAACUGUGAAGUCUAUGUAGUUACUUAAUCUCAAUAAAUCAUUUUGGAUAAUUUACACAUGUUAGUAGUAGUAUUCUCUCAUAGUUUUACUAAACUUUGCUGUAACAGUAAUACUUCGGUUGCUUUAAUUAAUCCCAACCAUUUAAAAAUGAAAAUGAUUUUCUGCUUUUUAGUUUUUGCAAGUAGCACUGAUGAUAGAAGCUUAAGGAAAGCUAAUGUCAGUAAGGGGUGGCUAGAAUAGUACAUUGGGGAGGGAUGUGGGAAUGGGUUUACAUUUGUAUAAACCAUUGAUGUUCUUUCUGUGAAAUCAGAGUUGCUGUCUACAUUUCAUAUAGAUUCUGAAUAUUCAAAUAUCCUGAGAAGGAAUAUUAAGGAUAUCUUUGUCCUGUGCUGAUUUUUUUUCAAAUAAACCUUUUCAAUCUUGGAAAAAAAAACUGUUUGGAGGCAAAUCUCUUUUGCUUAUAAAAUAAUGUCUAUUUUUAAUCUUAUCUGCCAUUAUUUGGUGUCAGUAUCUAGAUCUUACCCUUUAAAUUUUCUUUUAAAAUCAAACAAUACUUUUAGGUUGGAUGUUAAGUGAGGAUUUGGUGUGAUUUAGAAGAAAUUUGGCAUUUCUUGAGAAUGUUGUUUAUAGAAGUACUAAAGAUGGAUUAACUUUGCGGUGUUGUAAACAUCUUCCUAUAGUUUGGUAAGUCUCUCCAGUAAACUUGUCUGACAGGCUAGUUGUGUUUGUUUCCAAGGAAUGCAGUUCAAGUGGUGAUAAAAAAAAAUUAAUUUGGGACAGGGCUGAGGUCACUGGAAUCAGAUUAGAUCCCUCUACUGUCAAAUAUGUAUUUUGAAAUUUGAUUUUUGGUACUAGAAAAACUGAUUUUUAUCACAGUAUAAUUGUUAUUCUAAAACAAAGUCCUUGCUUUAUUUAAAAUUUUGUAUGUUAGCCGUGUUUAAUUUAAAAUUACAUUUAAGGAAUUAUAUAUUUACCUUCAACCACAAAUCUAAUGCAUCAGCCAUUGAUCAUAGCAUAGUUAUUUCUCACAUGACAUUUCAGUGUGUUACUGUAUCAUGCUUUUAGCAUUUUUAUGAAAAAUAUUCUGUUUUGAAAUGAACAGUAUGUAAAAGUUAACUCAUUUUUGCAUGGGGGGAUAUGUUUAUGCUGGAAGACAUACUUUGUAAAGAAAUAAAUUUGGUUAAUUUCAAAUCUUGCAUGAAAGCAGUUGUAAAGCAAAAUUGAGAUGCAUUCUUUUUAGCAUUUUUCUUGUGUACUGUUUCACAUUUUUUUAGAUACAGCUGUAUGGAUGGAAUUAUUUUCUAAAAUUCGCAGUAUUAAUAGGCUUUUGUUUUUUGGCAAAUCUUUGAAAACAUGAUUUGGAGAUUGUAAAUAAUAGUCAAAAAAGACUGUUCUCAUCACAUUUUCCACAUGUAUGAGUUGGCAGGGAGUGGAAUUUAUUUUAAUUAAUUGCAGUGUAGGGAGUUUUAACAUUAACUAUAGUUUUUAAAUGAUAUCUGUUGCACCUAAAUAUACCUUUCCCAUCAUCUAUAUUUUUAUUCAUAUAAUCCUUGGUAAUUGGUAGCAUUGUAUUUUGCUUCAGAGCUGAAUUAAGAGUGGGAAAAACUUGAUCCUUUGAUGUUAAUACCAAGCUGUCUUUGGCCAAGGCUGUGAAAUUCUGUAACAUUGAUUCAAGGACAUUUGAAAGCCAGUGCACAAAGAGAUGUCCUAAUCUCCUGAACAUUCUAGUGUCCGGCUCAACUCUGGCUCCAAGAACAGAGUUCUACACAGCUUUUUCCCUGCAUCAAGAAAAUCUUUGUUCCAGAACUUAUCAAGUUUACCCUGGGAACAGUCAGCUUCUGAGUGACAGUCAAGUGGAGCAUCUGUGAACUCCCAGUUAUUCAGUUUUUAGUGUUUUUGUGUAAACAACUUUGUGGCUGGUUCAGUCAAUAUUUUUUCUUGUGAAUUAGUAUACAUACUGGGGAAGAUAUUUGAAUGUCAUUUGCUUAAAAGCAGUAGCUAUAAAAAUAAAUAAUAGUAUUAGCUUUUAAAAAUAAGUGUGAAUUUGUCAUAUGGUACCAUAAUUCUUUCCAUAAAAAGGUAAUAUGAAAGUCUCAGAAUUAUAAUAUCACAGUACAAUAUUUCUUUUUCUGUGUCAUGAUUUUAGCUAUUGGUAUGUAAUUAAUGUACAUAAAAUAAAGGAACACUCGUUUCCCUAA